UUCCACUUCUAAAAAAAAAAUUAAAUAAAAAAAACUUUUCUAUAACUUCCACUUUUACUAUUUUUUUCUUUCUAAAUAUACAUACUACAUAUAAUCGUAUAUAUAUCCCAUACGUUAGCACGGGAUACACUCUAUUAAUAUUAAUUGAAAAAAUCCGAUCUACUAUAAAAGCUUAACGGUUCAGCCGUCAGACACUCAGACACAACCCUCAAAAUGUUGUUCUUACUUUCUCUCUAUUCCUCCUCUCUUUCUGUCAGAAGCAGAAUCGAAAUUUGUUGAUUUUGAGUUCGUUGCUCACUCAAAUUACUUACAUUCUCCCGAAAAAUCACCAAGGAUUACUUGUCAUGGAGGCAGGAUCUAGGCCAUUGGAGGAUGGAUUUAAUGGUAUGAAUAGAGAAGGCAACAAGAGGCAGAUAUUGGAAUCAACGGACAAAAUUGAUCGAUUGAGCUUACUUCCGGAUGCCAUUUUAGUUGACAUUCUUUCUGUCAUCCCAAUAGAAUCCGCUGCUGCAACCUCCAUCUUAUCUCGCCGAUGGCAAUACCUUUGGACUCAGGUCACUCAUCUUGUCUUUGAUCUCUAUCACCUCCAGUCUAGUAUUGGUUGCUAUAACUGGACUGAACCAUUCUUUAGAAUUGUCGACCACAUCCUUCUGCAGCUCACCGCGUCCAAAAUUCAUAGCUUUUGUCUUAAAUUUCCUUAUGGUAGUACCUUUACAAAUGAUAUGCAAGAAAGCUACGGCGACUCUUUUGAAUCUUGGAUGAGUACUAUUUGUGGCCGACAUCCUCAAAGAAUUGAGGUAACAGCAUCUUUUGGGUCUUAUAUUCCUCUACCAAUCUGUGUUUUUGAAUGUCGAUCUGUCGUUGAGCUCACUUUGAGGGGAGCCCUGGUUAUUGCAGUGCCUGAUUGUGCACCAGUAUGUCUUCCUAAUUUGAAGAAGUUCAGUUGUCAUCUCGAUGUUUUAGCCAUUGACUUGUUGACCAGACUGUUUAAGUCUUCCCUGUUAUUGGAAGAAUUGACUAUAACAGGUCAUUAUAUAGAGGGUGUCUGUUGUUUUGAUUUAUCAGCUCUUAAUUUGAAAAGGUUGGUUGUUGAGAUAGUCGAGGAAACACUAAAAGGAAUAAAAUUUGUGAUCAAUUUGGCAAAGCUUGAGAUUAUCUCAUUAAAAGCUCUUACGGUAGAUUCUGUUCACUUUGUUGAGCAUUCAAGUGCUUUAAAUUCUGCAGAAAUUUGCAUAGAAUCUGGGUUGUUUGGCGAAGAUGAUUAUGUUAGAAACACAGUAGAACUUGCUAAACUGAUUUCUAAUGUUAAGUCACUUUGCCUAAAUAUCAGUACAAUAAGUGCACUUAAUGAUUUGGAUGGCGACAACCCUCAGCCACCUUUGGAAAAUUUGACCGAUCUUAGCAUCAAAUCUGGGAUGGUGAAUGCUGAUAAUGGUAGCUGGAAUGAUGUGCUGCUUUUCUUAAGAUGUUCUCCGAACUUGCAGGCUCUUGAUAUAGCGUUUGAAACACAUACAGAUAUGAUAACAUGGGCUUUACCACCAGAUUUUGCACCUCCUCUUUGCUUGACUCGACUAAAGAGGAUAAAAAUCAAAGAUCUUAGAGUCGAUGAGGAUGAUGAUAUUAAGAUGAUGGCUUACAUUCUGAGCAAUUCAGUAGCAUUAGAGGUGCUAUCGGUUUAUGUUUCUGUAACCACUACUAUGGACGGAAUGUGGGAUGAAUACAAGCUCUGCGAGACGUUGUUCCACCUCGACAGGAGUUCUUUAACCUGUGAGAUUCAAUUCUUUGGUCAGCAUAUCACAUCUUCAAGUAAGGGCUUCAAUAACACCAUUCCUCAUUGUCAAAUUUUCCGUCUGGUUAACCUGGUUAUCAGUUAAUCCUGAUUCUUUGGCAGCUCCAUUAUCAUGGUUUUUUUUUUUUUUUUGUUUUUUUUGAAAGAACGCUUAAUACCAAAUCAGCAAGUGGUCAUUGUUGACCUGUCCCGUCGCAAAGAUGAUGGAUGAAUUGCUUCUGCUAAUCAGAUACUUCGUAUUUAACUAGCUAUGUAGUGUAUGUACUUUGCCUGCAUAUGUACAAUUUUUAUUUUAUUUUUAUUUAUUUCUAAUUAAUUUACAGGAAGAAAAAAGAGUUUCAUCAUUAA